AUAAAAGAAAAAUGCUUUAGUGUUGUUUGAAACUCGUGGUGACUAACACGUACAAUAGCGAAGAGUCUCUAAGUAAUGUAACUGUUGUUUUCUUUUAUUCAUUUCUGUGAACGUUUCUAAGAAAAUAAAAAUCUGUGAUUCAUAACAAGAUUCAAGUAAAGCAAAAAAAAUCUACAACAAAGUUCAUUGAAAUAUUUAUAAAGAAAGAAUAAAGGAAACAACAACAACUUCAAUUACCACAAAAAACAGACAAAAAGAAAUACGUUAAAUAGUUGAAGGCCAAGAAACCUGAAAAGAACAUCUUACAAUGGAAAAUAGCGAUAAUGAUAGAUUCUCUGAGCUACCUGGUCCUCCGAUCAGCAAGAUUUGCUGCAUUGGUGCAGGUUACGUUGGCGGUCCAACCAUGUCUGUUAUAGCUUUAAAAUGUCCUGAAGUUCAAGUGACUAUCGUUGAUGUCAGCAAAGAAAGAAUAAGUCAAUGGAAUUCUGAUAAACUUCCAAUCUACGAGCCUGGCUUGGAAGAAAUCGUGAAAAAAUGCAGAGGCAAAAAUCUUUUCUUCUCCACUGAUGCAAAGAAAGCGAUUCAAGAAGCUGAAAUUAUCUUCAUUUCGGUGAACACUCCAACGAAGACGAGCGGUAAUGGUAAAGGUCGAGCCGCUGAUCUUAAACAUGUUGAAGGAUGUGCCAGAUUGAUUGCUGGCAUUGCAACAAGCUGCAAGAUCGUCGUUGAGAAAAGUACGGUGCCGGUGAAAGCAGCUGAGAGUAUCAUGCAGGUUUUGAAAGCAAAUAAUAAACAGGGCGUAAGAUAUUCGAUUCUCUCGAAUCCCGAGUUUCUUGCUGAAGGAACUGCAAUCGAAAAUCUUAUAAAUCCAGAUCGUGUUUUAAUUGGUGGCGAAGAAACACCCGAAGGUCAAAAGGCUAUUGAAACUCUCUGUUGGAUUUACAACAAAUGGAUCCCGAAGGAAAAGAUUUUAACGACCAAUACGUGGAGUUCGGAACUCUCAAAACUUGCAGCCAAUGCAAUGCUUGCACAAAGAAUUUCAAGUAUAAAUUCAUUGUCAGCUGUUUGUGAAGCGACAGGUGCCGACGUGUCAGAAGUUGGACGAGCCAUUGGACUUGAUUCGAGAAUUGGAUCGAAAUUUCUUCAAGCUUCCGUUGGUUUUGGUGGUUCUUGUUUCCAAAAAGAUCUUCUGAAUCUCGUUUACAUUUGUGAGAAACUCAACUUGCCAGAAGUGGCUCAAUAUUGGCAGAAGGUCAUUGAUAUGAAUGAAUAUCAGAAGACUCGGUUUUCACAAAAAAUCAUUGAAUGUCUUUUCAAUACUGUCAGCGAAAAGCGGCUGACCAUCUUUGGAUUCGCUUUUAAGAAGAAUACUGGUGACACCCGUGAAACACCGGCAAUAACUGUUUGCAAGAAUUUGCUCGAUGAAGGAGCGAAACUCAAUAUUUAUGAUCCGAAGGUUGAGAAAUCUCAAAUCAUCGCUGAUCUCACAUCAACACGUGUGACAGACAACCCUGAAGAAGUGAAAAAGUCAAUUGAAAUUUUCACAGACCCAUACGAUGCAGUUGUUGGUACUCACGCUAUUGUCAUUUGUACCGAAUGGGAUGAGUUCAUUGAAAUGGAUUAUGACCGUAUUUAUAAGUUGAUGAUUAAACCAGCUUAUCUAUUUGAUGGACGAAAGAUUGUCAAUCACGAAGAACUUCAAAAUGUUGGAUUUCAUGUCAUUACAAUCGGGAAGAAACUUAACCGACCAGGAUUGAUGAGAUCAGUCGGAAGCAUCUCUCAACAAUAAAUAAUUCAUCAUUAGAUAGAAUUCUACGAUUCAGUUUCAAAUUAUUUUUAUCUCUUUUUAUUCAAGAACUUAAACCAGUUGCACGUAUUUAAUGAUUUCAGCAGUGCUACUCGUGUGAAUUAAGAGUAAUGUGAAAGAUCAUUAAUCUCCCUAAACUAAAUGUUUAAUUCAACAACCAUGUAAAAUUUUAAUUUGACGGUUAUCUAGUUUUGCAUUCCUAAAAUCUUAAAGAAAAUUAAGAAUUUUAAUUCAAAAUAUAGGUAGAUAAUUACAAAUUGCCCAAUCAAUUCAAUUUCUCUGUAUUUUUUUUUAUUUUUAAUAAAAUUUUACUUCCAACAAUCAAA